AAAAGUCCAUACUCGGCCAAAAUGAACCUCUCCCGUCUCCUAGGGUCCUCUCGCCCCUCACCGCUGCGCCCAGAAUCUUCCCCUACAAAAAUGGCCACACUCUUCUCUCUUUCUUCUUAUCACCAUCAACCACUGGGUUCAAUAUUUCUAACAUUCAAUCAGCUAUGUCAUCAUUUGGGUUUCUCUCUACUCCUCCUCUGUCCUCCUCUGCUCCCACGAGGCAGCUCGCCGCAGCCACCACCCCGGCUGUGGCACCGGUUGUCACGCCGGACGUGGCUGCGGAGAGGCUGGAGCCGAGGGUGGAGGAGAGAGAAGGGUAUUGGGUGUUGAAGGAGAAGUUUAGAGGAGGGAUUAAUGUUCAGGAGAAGGUCAAGAUUCAGAGGGAGCCUAUGAAGCUUUUCAUGGAAGGUGGGAUUGAAGAGCUUGCAAAGUUGCCUUUUGAGGAGCUUGACAAAGUUAAGGAUACUAAGGAUGAUAUUGAUGUCAGGCUCAAGUGGCUUGGUCUCUUCCACAGAAGAAAGCAUCACUAUGGUAGAUUUAUGAUGAGGCUGAAGCUACCAAAUGGGGUCACAACAAGUGCACAGACAAAAUAUCUAGCGAGCGUGAUACGAAAAUAUGGCAAGGAUGGUUGUGCAGAUGUGACAACCAGGCAAAAUUGGCAAAUCCGAGGAGUUGUGCUGGCAGAUGUGCCCGAAAUUUUGAAGGGUCUUGCUGAAGUAGGCUUGACUAGUUUGCAGAGUGGGAUGGACAAUGUGAGAAACCCAGUUGGGAAUCCUCUUGCAGGCAUUGACCCACUUGAAAUUGUUGAUACAAGACCUUACACGAACUUGUUAUCCCAAUACAUUACUGGCAAUUCACUUGGCAAUCCAACUGUAACAAACUUGCCAAGGAAGUGGAAUGUGUGUGUGAUAGGAUCUCAUGAUCUUUAUGAGCAUCCCCACAUCAACGAUCUUGCAUACAUGCCUGCAACAAAGGAUGGAAAAUUUGGAUUCAAUUUACUCGUGGGAGGCUUCUUCAGUCCCAAAAGAUGUGCAGAGGCAGUUCCUCUUGAUGCAUGGGUCUCGACAGAAGAUAUGAUCCCAGUUUGCAAAGCUAUACUAGAGGCUUAUAGAGACCUUGGCUUCAGAGGGAACAGACAAAAAACAAGAAUGAUGUGGUUGAUUGAUGAACUAGGCAUAGAAGGAUUCAGAUCAGAGGUCGUUAAGAGAAUGCCCUUUAAGGAAUUGGAAAGAGCAUCUUCUGAAGACUUGGUACAAAAGCAAUGGGAAAGGAGAGACUAUAUAGGUGUCCAUCCACAGAAACAAGAAGGUCUAAGCUUUGUGGGUCUUCACAUUCCAGUAGGCAGGAUCCAAGCAGAUGACAUGGAUGAGCUAGCUCGUAUUGCCGAUGAGUAUGGCACUGGGGAACUCCGUCUCACAGUGGAGCAAAACAUAAUAAUCCCCAAUGUUGAGAACACAAAACUUCAAGCAUUGCUUCAAGAACCGCUUCUGAAAGAUAAAUUUUCACCUGAGCCUUCCAUUCUCAUGAAAGGACUAGUAGCUUGCACCGGUAACCAGUUUUGCGGACAAGCCAUCAUUGAGACAAAGCAACGGGCCUUGAAGGUGACUGAGGAGGUGGAGAGGCAUGUGGCAGUGACCCGGCCGGUGAGGAUGCAUUGGACAGGGUGCCCCAAUACCUGCGGGCAGGUGCAAGUGGCGGAUAUAGGUUUCAUGGGGUGUAUGGCAAGGGAUGAGAAUGGGAAGCCUUGUGAAGGGGUUGAUGUUUUCUUGGGAGGGAGAAUAGGAAGUGACUCCCAUUUGGGAGAUAUUUAUAAGAAGAGUGUCCCUUGUAAGGACUUGGUGCCCUUAGUUGUUGACAUCCUGGUAAAUCUCUUUGGGGCUGUCCCAAGGGAGAGGGAAGAAGGGGAAGAGUAAUUCAAAGAGAAUAAAACGAAGGGUUCAGUGCAAAUUUUCAUGGGUGUUUCAUUGUUUGGCAUGGUUGAAGCAAGGUAAAGAAGGAUAAAAGAGGUGCUACUGAGCAUAAGAUAUUUGACUUUUACACGUUUCAUUUUGUGGACUGCUUUAUAGGAUGUGAGCUUACCCUGUUUCUACUGUUAUUGUAUACCAAAGUAUACAAUGAGCUGGGUUAGGUAAAUAGUUAAUUCAUGUUUGCAUUCAGUUUAUUUUUGUUAUCACUAAUAAGAUGCAAUCUCUAUUA